GAUCUCUUACUGAACCUGCACCUCUUUGAUUGAGCUGGCUUUCUCUACAAAUCCCAUCUCCCCCUCCAAAGCACUGGGUUUAUGGCACCAUGUCCAGCAUUCUGGAUGCUGAGGGUCUCAGCCUAGGUCCUCAUUCUUGCCCAGGCUGCUUCCUUGUGCUUUCCUGUGUAUACAUCCUGAGGGUGGUGCUUUGAUCCCAGCACUAAUAUUCCAGUGCUGUGUCAUUUCCAUAGAGACCAAACUGCAUGUGACGUUUUAUUGAAGCCAGAAGACAGUGUGGAAGGUGGAGAAAGAAGUGAAAAGGAAUCCUGUCUGGAAGAAGCUUGAGAAAAUGAGUACAUCAAGUGAUAUCAAGAUCUGGAAGGUUACCAAACAAGGAAAAGAGUAUUGAAUCCACACUCCUCAGAACAAACUUCAUUUCUUGAAAGGGAAAAACCUUUUUGAAGCUUUGAGCUUGAAAUACAGUUUGCAUGUAAGCAGGAAAGAAGUUGAUUGAGGAAAAAAAUCAUCAGUUUUAUUAGUUUGAAAACCCUCUGCCAUAGCUUACUCCUGAAAUAAGAAACAGGGUGGGAGUACCUUCCUUUUUCAAAAAGUGUACACUCUAUCUGAUAGCAGAGUACUCCCAUUGGAGAAAAAGCUUAUGAACCUAUCAAAUGUGGGGAAAAAUUUUCUCACAUGUCUCCUCUCACUGAACAUAGAAGUCAUGCUGAGAAGCCCAGUGCUCCUGAGGAAUGUUGAAAAGCCUGUUGCUAGAUGACAGAUCUCAGAGCAUCUGAAAGCUUACUCUGGAGAGAAACCAGGUGUAUGUGGCAAAGAAUAUUGAAUAAUAGAAAACCUACUAGAAAAGUUUGCACUGAUAUAGUUACGUAAUCAUUCAAACCCUGCAUUUGAGUGAGAGGUCAGACACAGAAGCCUUAGAACUUAAGAAUGUGGAAAUAUCCUCAGCUCAGAGGAAAUCCUUAUUUCUCAAAUAUUUCAUAUUGGAGACUAACCUUGUGAAUGUGGAAAAACGUCCAUUCAGAUGUCACACCUCAGUCAGCAGAGAAUUUACAGUGGGGGAAACCCCUUUGCCUGUAAAGUAUGUGGGAAAAUCUUCAGCCACAAAUCAAAUCUCACAGAACAUGAGCAUUUUCAUAAUAGAGAGAAACCCUUUGAAUGUAAUGAAUGUGGAAAAGCCUUUAGCCAAAAGCAAUAUGUGAUUAAGCAUCAGAACACUCAUACUGGAGAGAAGCUUUUUGAAUGCAGUGAUUGUGGAAAAUGCUUUAGCCAGAAGGAAAACCUGCUUACCCAUCAGAAAAUUCACACUGGAGAGAAACCUUUUGAAUGCAAAGAUUGUGGUAAAGCUUUCAUUCAGAAGUCCAACCUCAUUAGGCAUCAGAGAACUCACACAGGUGAGAAACCUUUCAUAUGUAAGGAGUGCGGAAAAACCUUCAGUGGCAAAUCAAACCUAACUGAGCAUGAGAAAAUUCAUAUUGGAGAGAAACCCUUUAAAUGUAAUGAAUGUGGAACAGCUUUUGGCCAGAAGAAGUACCUCAUAAAGCAUCAAAACAUUCACACUGGUGAGAAACCCUAUGAAUGUAAUGAAUGUGGAAAAGCCUUUUCUCAACGAACAUCACUUAUUGUGCAUGUGAGAAUUCAUUCAGGUGAUAAACCUUAUGAAUGCAAUGUAUGCGGCAAAGCCUUUUCUCAGAGUUCAUCUCUCACAGUGCAUGUGAGGAGCCAUACAGGUGAGAAGCCCUACGGUUGUAAUGAAUGUGGGAAAGCGUUUUCUCAGUUCUCCACCCUUGCACUGCAUUUGAGAAUACAUACAGGUAAGAAGCCUUACCAGUGCAGUGAGUGUGGGAAGGCUUUCAGCCAGAAGUCACACCAUAUUAGACACCAGAAAAUCCAUACUCAUUAAAAAACUUAAAAAUGUUUACUAUGGGGAAGUGUUCAUUAAUAAUUUAUACCUCACAGUGGAUCAUUCAGUCAUUCUGAGACAAAAUACCACAAAUUAGGUGAACUUUAACAAAUGCUAAAAGUCAUGGGUAGCAGAGUAUAUAGUGAAGAUAAAGAUAUUUGUGUGAUUACAAGCAUGUGACCAACGAGAAAAACCCACAGCAAACCGAAAAACCCAUGUGAAAAUUCUGACACAUGCUUCCUCUCAAAUCAGGAUCAGACAAUAGCUGUUAAUUGCUUCCAGCAUAGAUCUGGAGAGCUUUACCCUUGUAGGAAGUAACUUGUUUUAAGAGACAAAUAUAUGACCACCAACAAAUAUCAAACUUUUAUUGAUUCAAGAGAAUUGAGAGAUUCCAGAAUGUGACCUAUGCAUUUACUACAAUUUAGAAUAUGUGAGCAAAGACAUCAGGAGGGAAUACCAAGACAAUGUUUGGAAAUAAACUUGUUCUGAGGAGGAAAGUAUACACCUUGAACUAAAAAUUACACUCUAUGGAGAAUGAAAACAAUAUGAAAAUGGUAUAAUCAUGACCUUGGGAGCAAGGAAACAUUCUUUGAACCAUUUAAAAGUACUUAGCAGUUCUUAUGAGCUCAGGAAUUAGAUACCAGGAAAUUUACAGUGGCUUGAUCUAGAGUAGCCAAAUAUUUGAGAAGAACUGAAAUUCCUGGCAGGAACAGAAUGGAAAAUUUGUAAGGUGGAAUUCUAUGCAUAUAUCUGUAAAAAUGCAACCAGUGAGAUCAACAUGUAGAAAGCUACUAGAAAUGAUGGGGAAGGAGACUCAAGUUGCAGAAUAUAGUACAGUGACUUUCUGUAAAAUUUAAUUUCUCUUCAUCUAACUGUACUUUAUAUUGGUAAUGGAUACACAUAUGUAUGUAAAUGUUUUUGAGAUGAGUCAGAAGGAUACAGACCAAACUCCUUUCAAUGGUGGCCUGUGAAGAUUGGAGAAGGGAGUGGAAUAAAUGAGGGAGGUGGGCGGGAAGGGGACUUCAGCUUUUUAUAUAAACAUCCAUUUCUCAUAAAGACUGCAAGUAAAUAUAUAAAGAUACUGGCUAAUUCUCAGUUGUGGUAUAUGGAUAUCUUGUCUUAUUUUUUGUACUUUUCUGUAUUUUUCAAGUUUAUCAAAAUAAUGGGGGUAAUGUUGGGGACUCGGGACCUUUAGAAAUGUUAUAAUGGUGUAGUUCUCAGUCAAAUACUGCAAUUUUAUAGAAAAUAUUUCUAAAACUUUAUCAACAAUGAGUGGAUAGACUUGGCACUCAAUGUAAUAUGAAAUUAUCUAUUUUGUUAAAAUUAAAAAUGACUGAAUACUCCAAAUCUUUCAACUUUAUCUUAAGAUAUUAUGGUGUGUACUAUAUUGUUUCUGUUCUUAUAAUUCUAAAAAUUUCCAAGAUAUUUGAGCUUAAAUUAAAUGAGGAUAUUUGUAAAGACA